GUCAGUUUACAGGUGAGAUCAAGUGGUUACCAAAGAUACAGUUUUCACUGUAUUAGGUUACUCAGUUUAUAUUGGUCAUAGAAUUAUAGUGAAUAACGCUUCUCGUAUAUAAAUGUAAAUAGUAUUAGUAAGACCCGUAUUGUCAAUAUGACGCAUGGCGCGCUUUAUGAAGAUUGCGUUGCGAUGAGCAACUGGAGGUCGAUAAUAAACCAACGUAAAGUCUAGAGUUUAUAAAAAAGUAGAGUCCAAACACUCGAAUCAGUACACGAUUUAGGAAUUAAUUACAUAGGGAGCCUGAACUUUAAAGAACAUGCCUCCUCUAUUAUUUCUAAAUCUAGACGGAUAAUUGGCUUUAUAAUGAAAAACCUUUUCACAACAAAGGGUAAACUUACUCUCUACAAAAUAUGUGUACGACCCUCCCUUGAAUACUGCUCUUUUGUCUUAUCUAAUAUGAAUAUCGCAGACAAGAUAAGAGUAGAAGAUGUUCAAAUACGUUUCACACGUCAACUACUAGGAUGUAACUCAAAUCUCCAUUACACAGAUAGAUGUAAGCAUCUAUCUUUAGAACCUUUAUGGCACCCGAUAUAUGGGCUCUCCUUUCUAACCUCCUGCCCGGCUAUCACCCACAACCCAGCCUAUAAACUUAGAAACAACGCAUAUACACUACUUACCGUAAAACACCAAAAACAAAUGCGUU